AUGAUGACUGCAGCCAACAAUAUCAACAACCAUUCAGGAAGCAACGCCCACGGGUCGACCUCAUCAGGAUCCAAGCAAGGCUCAUCCAUCUGCUUUACAGUCGGAAAGGUCGACGCAGGAAUGACAACCCUCCUUACAGAAGACCACCACCUCAUCGAGUUCCCCUCCCUCCUCCUCCCCAAGGGCGUCUCUGCCGGAUCCGUUGUCAACAUCUCUGUUAACCGUAAUCUCGACGAAGAACAGAGCCGCCGGGACGAGUUCUGGGCCCUUCAGGACGAGAUUCUCGACCAGUUCGGAAAGAACCCUCCCAAGACGCCUACCCUCCGCGUCAAGUCCCUGACUCAGUCGACAUGCACACUCGAAUGGGACUCGCUCGUUCUCAACCAGGCCAGUCUCCGCUCCUUGGACGUCUACAAGAACGGCGUCAAGCAGGGUCAGUCGAUCGCCAGCCCCUAUCACACCAACCAGUACAAGCUCUCAGGACUGGAAAUCGACCACAUGUUCUCCUUCUACAUCGAGAUCAAGACCUCCGCAGGAACCCUCAGAUCCAACGAAGUCAAGGCUAGGACCCACACACUCGAUAACCUCACAGGAACCAACAUCUGCUUUGGUGUCUUUGAAUCUGACGCGGCCCUCGAGGAGUGCAAGAAGUUGGUCGUCGAGAUUGGUGGCACAUGGACCGAGGAGGUCGCCAUCCAGACAACUCAUCUGCUGUGCCAUGUCCAGGGCGGAUACAACUACGAGGCCGCAUUGCAACAGUCGAUCCCUAUUGUCAAACCCGAGUGGCUCAAGGCUUGCGUCGAACACAAGAAGCUCCAGGCCGCUCUUCCUUACUACCUCGUCCAACCCAGCAGUAGUGGUAUCUCUAGCCACUCUGACACCCCAGCACAGGAGUAA